AGUACCCCUGAAGAGUGAAGCCGAUUAGACAGUGUCGACCUCCCAAAGCAAGCGGCAAUGGCGUCUGUGAGACUUAGCUUUUCCUCAUGGACACCAACAGCGGCGACAGCUCAUAAGCAAAAUUGUAAAGCAACUCUACUCUCCAAAACCAGUCUCAACUUCAUACCUUCUGCCUCCUUUCUUCCUUCCGACAGACUCAUCUUUCGCCCUUCUCUUUCUUCUCCUGUAAUAUCUCGGAAUUCCACAUUUUCGUUCGUAACCAAAUCCUCCGAAUCUGAGGCAACCGUCGUUGAAGCUGAACCGGAGUCUGAGCCAGCCCAAGCCGUUGAAACGUUGAUAGAGGUUCCCAAACGUGAAGAGAUUUUUGCUGUUGUCAUGGUUGGGUCUCGUCAAUAUAUUGUUCACCCGGGACGGUUCAUCUAUACACAAAGGCUCAAAGGUGCCAAUGUGAACGAUAAGAUAAUUUUGAACAAGGUAUUACUGGUAGGCACCAAAACAAGUACAUACAUUGGGAAACCCGUGGUGCCCAAUGCUGUCGUGCAUGCUGUGGUUGAGGAACAGUUGUUGGACCGCAAAGUAAUUGUCUUCAAAUACAAGAAGAAAAAGAACUAUCGGAGAAAUAUCGGUCACCGACAGAAGAUAUUUUGCAGCCAAUCACAAGGAUAAGGAUAACAGGCAUCACCGGUUAUCAAGACUCACCUGCUGUUACACUGGAGACAUAGGACGGGAUUAAUAUAUGGACAUUUGGCUAAGGAAAUCAUUUUAGUUUUUUGUAAAUGUAGUUUCUUUCAAUGAUGUAGAGUUUGUAUUCAAAUUUCUUGAAGAGACUCAAUAGUGAUGAUAUCAUUGGCACUGGCCCUUUUCACUGGAACACUUGCUAAUGGUGAUGAGUUAAUUCCAUGAAACAGAAAGCAAGCAAGUUACUUCAAUGAAAAACUGAAGCAUUACUUUUUGGAUCAA